UCUACUAGAGUACUACUAUUAGGAGGAUCGGGUAUUUAUAGUCUAAGAGUCAGUAGAGCUCUUAGUAAGGUUACCGCAAUUAUUCGGCCGAUAAGUGCUAGUCUUAGCGCCCGAUAUAAGAAAGUAGUCCUUAAAGGAAUUCAAUAUCUGCGCGGUCGCGGGAGAGCCCUCGCCGCCUUAAGUACCGAUACUAUAUUGCUUAUAGAGUCCGGUAGGGUUAGGAUCGCCGAGAUAGACGCAGUAACUCUAAAGCUAUUCGCUUUAGCUAAGGUUAGUACCGAAGCCAAAGGUCUGUCUGAGGAGUUAAAAAGCUACUAUUUACCGGAGGAGCUUUUACGCAGCAAACUCUUCGAGCAAUUAGGGGAUAAGGGCGAACUAAAGAUGCUAGUGAACGCGGCUAAUAAGACUACUUAUUAUAACCUCGAGUUAUUUAAGCGUAUAUAA